GUGCGAGAAAGCCGUAAGCAUCAGGCGCCAGAACAACAAUCGGAAUAUCAUAAGGCGAGAAGGAUUCAACUCUUCUCCGCGGAGAUGAUGGAUGUACUGUCCGUCGUGAAGGAUCGAGGCCCAGCAUAAGCGCAAAGACUGAAGGAGGUCAAACGAAUGCACCGUCUAGUGAACAAGGUGAUCGAAGGGCAAUGCUGACUUUGUUUAUUGCCAUUAAAACCUUCGCACACCACAGCUCUCACCGUUCUGCGACUGCAAAAUCGUUUGAAACAAAGCGCGUCGAUCGUUCCUUCACGAAUUCGAUUCAAACAUGGCGAACUCGCUCGGAUUCCAACUCCCAUGGACAUCAUCUCCCCUCGUCGUCAGUGCCCCCAUGGGUGGCUUUGCCGGCGGACAUCUAGCAAGCGCCGUCACGAAAUCAGGCGGUCUCGGGAUGAUCGGUGCCAUCAUGUCUGACGACUUAGAGAAGGAAUUGGGCAUUGCAGCAGACGAACUGAAGGCCACUGCUGAGGCGAGUCAUACGCUCCCCAUCGGCGUAGGCCUGUUACCCUUCAUUGUCAAGGCCGAGUCUGUGCUGCCCAUUCUCAAGAGAUAUCAACCGGCCGUGGUCUGGCUAUUUGCUGCAAAAGAACUCGACGACUACGCCACUUGGUCUGCAGGGAUUCGAGAAAGCUGCCCAAAUUCCAGGGUCUGGAUCCAAGUUGGCAGUGUAAGCGCCGCGGUCGAGAUCGCACAGACGGCUAAGCCUGAUGCUUUGGUCAUGCAGGGCGCUGAUGCUGGUGGUCAUGGGUUCGAAAGAGGCGCCAGCAUCGUGUCGGUGCUACCAGAGGUGGCUGAUGCUCUUCAGGCAAAGGGCCUUGGUAACAUUCCGUUGCUGGCGUCGGGAGGAAUCGCCGACGCCCGCGGUGCAGCGGCUGCACUCGCGCUGGGGGCAUCUGGGGUCGUGAUUGGGACGAGGUUCCUCGCGGCGAAAGAGACAAAGGUGCCACCUGGAUAUCGGGAGCUGGUGCUGGCAGCAAAAGAUGGAGCACAAAGCACCAUCCGCAGCAAAUUGUUCGACAGCGUCGCGGGUCCCAAUAUCUGGCCAGCCGCCUAUGACGGAAGAAGCCUCGUCACGGAGAGCUACGCAGAUCAUGUUCGAGGCAUCGACAUUAAGGAGAUUCGAGAGAAACACAAUGAAGCGGUGACCCAAGAGGAUGGCGGCUUCGGGAAAUCCAACCGAGCAAAUGUCUGGGCUGGUACUGGAGUAGGACUAGUGAACAAGAUGCAGAACGCGGCUGAUAUUGUGGAAGAGGUGCGAAAUGGGAUCAGCAAGAUCCUAGAAGGUACGAUAGCACGGUUAUGAUUCAAAGUCAUCUCAGGUUGUUGGGAUCUAUUCCGUACGCCGUAUGUGUAUUUUCCAUCAAAGCCUAUUGGGACUUUCAAUGGUCUCUGCACUCUGAAAA